ACUUCUAGAGCAAGCCCUAGGCAGCACCAUGUGGAGGCUAAAGGUUGGUGAGAGGCUAACCGACCCAUUGCUCCGUUCCCCAAAUGGCUUCCUCGGUAGGGAAGUCUGGGAGUUUGACCCUGACGGAGGCACGUUGGAGGAGCGCGCCGAGGUUGAGAGGCUGCGGCAGGAGUACACCCGCAACCGCUUCACGCAACGGGAGUGCGGUGACCUUCUCCUCCGCAUGCAGUAUGCAAAACAGAACCUCCAUAAUACAAACCUUCCACUUGUCAAGAUUGAUGAGCGUUCAGAAGUCACAGAAGAAACUAUGUUAAUUGUGUUGAGGCGUGCCCUUAGUCAAUAUUCUCUUUUGCAAGGACCAGACGGACAUUGGCCUGGUGGUUAUAGUGGGAUUUUGUUUAUUCUGCCGCUCAUGAUAUUUGCAUUACAUGUCACACAAUCGCUGAAUGAUGUUUUAUCUGCGGAGCACAUACGUGAGAUAUGUCGCUACAUCUACAACAUUCAAAAUGAGGAUGGAGGUUGGGGCACACAUACUCUAGGCCCAAGCUCCAUGUUUGGCACAUGCGUAAACUAUGCCACGUUAAGGCUCCUAGGAGAGGUGCUUGAUGGAGAAAAUGUUGCAUUAUCCAGAGGGCGUGCUUGGAUUAUUUCUCAUGGAAGUGCAACUGCAGCACCGCAGUGGGCAAAGAUAUAUCUCUCGGUGAUAGGAGCAUACGAUUGGUCAGGAAACCAUGCAAUUAUUCCUGAGUUAUGGAUGCUUCCGCAUUUUCUCCCAAUUCAUCCAGGAAGAUUCUGGUGCUUCUGUCGGAUGGUUUACAUGCCAAUGGCUUACAUUUAUGGAAAAAAAUUUGUCGGGCCUAUCACUCCGACUAUUCUAGCAAUAAGAAAUGAAAUCUACAAUGUUCCAUACAAUGAGAUCAAUUGGAGCAAGGCCCGCACUUCUUGUGCUAAGGAGGACCUCAUAUAUCGUCCUUCAUGGUUGCAAAAUAUUGCUAUGACUUAUUUGAAUAAGUUUGUGGAACCAAUGUCUAAUUUGUGGCCUAUGACUCUGCUACGAGAAAGAGCUUUGAAAAACCUCAUGGAACAUAUCCACUAUGAAGAUGAAAACAGCAACUAUGUUGGUUUGUGCCCUAUUAACAAGGCCCUAAAUAUGAUUUGUUGUUGGAUAGAAAACCCAAAUUCAAAAGAAUUCAAGCAACAUCUUCCUAGGAUUCAUGAUUUUUUGUGGCUUGCAGAAGAUGGAAUGAAGGCAAAGGUAUACGUUGGUUGCCACAGUUGGGAAACUGCGCUCAUUGUUCAGUCAUUUUGCGCAACAGGCCUUACAGAAGAAUUUUGUUCAACGCUUCAAAAAGCCCACGAGUUCCUAAAAAACGCACAGGUUACUCAGAAUUUGCCUAAUUACAAAAGCUACUACCGUGAACGAACAAAAGGUUCAUGGACUCUAACCAAUGGGGAGAAUUUUUGGGCCAUUGCUGAUACUACAGCUGAAUCACUUAAGGCAAUACUGCUAUUGUCAAAGAUUAAUCCAGGCCUCGUUGGGGAUCCAAUAAAAGAAGAACGAUUGUAUGAUGCUGUUGAUUGCCUCCUUUCUUACGUGAACAAAGAUGGUACAUUGUCAUCAGCGGAAUGUAAACGAACAACUUCAUGGGUAGAGUUCAUCAAUCCUUCUGAGAGUUUUCGGAAUAUCAUCGUGGACUAUCCAUAUCCUGAAUGCACAUCGUCUUUAAUUCAAGCUUUAAUAUUGUUUAGAGAGAUAUGCCCCAUGUAUCGUCAUGAAGAGAUAGAAAAGAUUAUAAAAAAUGGUGCUUCAUUCAUUGAGAAAACCCAACGAAAGGAUGGGUCCUGGUAUGGCUCUUGGGCUGUAUGUUUCACUUAUGCAACGUUCUUUGCUAUAAAAGGAUUAGUUGCUGCAGGAAGAACAUACCAGAACAGUUUGUCAAUCAGGAAAGCAUGCGACUUCUUGUUGUCAAAGCAGCUAAUUACAGGUGGAUGGGGAGAGAACUAUCUCAGCUGUCAAAUUGAGGAGUAUGUUGACAGUGGCAGUCCACAUGCAGUGAACACUGCCAUGGCAAUGUUAGCUUUACUUUAUGCUGGACAGAUUGAACAUGACCCAACACCAUUAUACCGAGCUGCGAAAGAAUUAAUCAAUAUGCAGAUGGAGACCGGGGAAUUUCCCCAACAAGAAAUUGUUGGCAACUUCAACUCAUCACUUUUCUUCAAUUACACCAAUUACCGGAACACAUUUCCAAUCUGGGCUCUUGGAGAGUUUCGUCGUCGACUUCUUGCAAAAAGAGGAUAAUAAAGUGGCCACUUUUGGUUUGUAAGUUGCAACAAUGUCAUUUGGGAUAUAAGUAUCAAUGGAUAUUGUAAGGACUUUGCCUAAGGUGAAUUGUAAACUAAAGUAAAUAAAAAUAUAUUAUUACUAAAAUAUUGAACUGUGCAUGUAAGAUUAUCACAACCUA